AUGUCAUCCACAUCGCUCUCUACCCCCUCCGCAGCCACCCUCCCCCGCAACCGCCGUCCAACGCCCGCGCACCCCCUCCCCCCAAUCUCCUUCCCCUCCUCCCUAAUCAGCGACCUCUACUCCCCGGCCCUCUGCCACGAAUCCCUCCGCAUCCUCGCCCGCAAACUAGCCACUCUCGACCAACGCGCCCUCUCCAUCGUCCAAGCCAUCUGCCUGUCCAUCCAAUCCGGCCGUCUCAACGCCGGCGACACGGCCUCGCAAGCGGAGGCCCGUCGGAAUUUAGACGAUAUCCAGGCGUUGAGUGUACAGUUUGGGGAUAUUACCGAGGGGAGGAGGGCUUUUGGCGAGGGGUAUUUGAGGGAUAGGCAUAUGAUUUAUUUUUGGGCGAAGGCGUUGAGUUUUGGGAGUCAGGCGUAUCGGGCCAGUCCGGAGGAUCCGUUGUCCAAGGCGUUUGAGGCGGUGAUGGGCGGGUUGGUGAGGGAGUUGGCGAUGGUGGAGGAUUGUUUGGUGGCGGCUGCUGGGGAGGGUGUGCUGGAGGAUGAGGUGAUGUAUACGGUUGGGGAGAGGUGGUCGAGGGCGGAGGGCAUGGCGGGAGUGUUUGGACAGUCUUUUGUUGAGUGGGCCGUGGUAGUACAGAAACUGCGCGAGGCACAGCCCAAACCGACGAAACCCACAGUCAACAUCUGGAUGAACAUCAGCCUCCUCUGGACCACCUUCGCCGUAACCGCCGUCUCCAACGUCGUCUUCUUCGCCCUCGGCUGCAUCUACUCUCCCCACAAACCCGGAACUCCCGAGGACGCUGACUUCUGGUUCCUCCUCCAGAGCUGUGUCUCGCAGUUCUUUGGUCUCGCCUGGCUGGCCAUCCCGCUGUGGCACAACCCGCAUGUCCCGCGUCGCAGUUGGAUUGCCAUGGUGGGUGUCGCGGCUGUGUGCACGGUUGUGGCUGCGCCUUUGUAUUUGUAUGUGCCGACGGAGUGGUCGACGUUUGUGGCGUCUACUGGGGGGGCUAUUCAGGCAUUUUUGUCGUUGCAGUUGGCCAUAGCGGUGUAG